AGCCCCAAUUCUCAAACCCUAGAAAGCUUCCAACUUCCCUUCCCUGCACGACCUUAUAAUAUCACCUUCUCCUUUUUACAUCGUUCCCAUUCGGCCCCUGACAGGCCGGAGUGAGAGAGAACCAUUUAACACGUAGUUCCCGUUCUGUCCCCGUGAAGUCGGCGGUUUACGUAAAUUGACCCCGCAAACUUUAACCCUCGUUAUCACUCCACGGCGGCCACCGUUCCCCAAAUGCCCCUCCCCUCCCUCACCCACAACGACACUCCGCUGAGAUCUCGACGCCGGCAACAGAUCUUCCGCCGGGAGCUACUCUCUCACUGGUAAUUCUCGAUCUUCUCUCUCCCGAUUUCGUGCUCUCGGUUCGCUCAAUUGAUUCAAAGUUGCUUAUUCUUUACGGUUCUUGUCAAUGUGAAAUGACUGGAAUCGGAAGUGGAUCUCCACGCUCGGCUUGGAAUCUGGGGUUUGGUUUCGGGGACUUGGGUUAGGGCUAGGGCUGCGGCGAUGGUGGCCGGUGAGAAGGCGAAGCUGCUCUGUAGCUUCGGCGGCGACUUCGUGAACCAACAUGGGAGGUCGUUGUAUGUUGGGGGGAAGACUAGGCUGGUCUCGAUCGAUCGGUCGGCGAGCUUCCGGACGUUUAUUUCGAAGAUGUCAGAACUCUGCGAUGUCGAUCCCCGCUGCCUGGAUGUCAGAUUUCAGCUCCCCGACAGCGGUCUCGACUCCCGACUUAUCUCGGUCGAGAAUGAUAAUGAUGUGAGGAAUAUGAUGGAGGAGUUCGAUUCCAACAGAAAGAUCCCAAUUUUCCUCUUCAUUGAUAAGAGUGAGCAUUCCGAUGACGAGAUUGCUGUUGUCUAUAGGGAGCCUGCAUCAGAAGCUGAUAUCGCAGAAACCCUCAGAGAGACAGCAACUGUGAUUGCGGAAGGGCCGCUCAUCGGCCAGCAUGGUCCCAGUACUUCUGUGGCAUCCUCCGGAAGAGAUUAUGCGAGGCAUCCGCCGGUCGGCUUAAGCAUGUCGGGUGAGAUGUUCAGGAAAGACUCUCAGUCAUUAGUUGUUGGUCAAGAAUAUCAGGAAGUGCAGACAUUUCGCAAUGCACUCACUAGUGCUGCCAUUGCUGCAAAUUUUGAGCUUUAUAUGAUCCGGUCAGACCAGCGUCGUGUCACAGCAAGGUGUGCUGCAGAAGGAUGUACAUGGCGGGUCCAUGCAUCGAAGCUCCCACAGGUCAGCACAUUCAGAAUAAGGACCCUGACACCAGAGCACACUUGUAUAAGAUCAAAUGAUGCUGGUCACAGGCAGGCGACUGCAAAGUGGAUCGCCAAUUGCAUAAGAGAUAAGCUCCGUCAAAAUCGAAAUUACAAACCGAGAGAAAUUAUAAAUGACAUUCAUCGUGAGUAUGGGGUGCUUAUUACAUACAAGAGGGCUUUCCUUGGUAGGCAGAAGGCAUUGGAAGAGUUACAUGAUGAGCCAGGAAGGGAUAUGGUUCUGGCGGAUAAUGAUUACGAGCAUAUCAUGGAUAACAACAAUGAAGAAAUUCAAACAUGGAGCGAUUUAGAUGAUCCUCCUAGAAAGAAACGAGGUUACCAGCCGCAUCAGUCUAAGGAAGUGCGUGCAUUGCAUUGUACUAGAUGUAACCAGAUCGGGCAUAAUAGAAGAACCUGUACAAUUCCUGAGUCAAUUCAAGGUGGAAUAAGGUAGAACAAGUUAUCCACCAUGUUAUGUGUGAUAGAGAUCCUUUGGGGUUCCUGACCUACUAAAUCAUGAGGAAUUGAUUCUUCAUACUUUUGGUGAGCUAUGAAUGGUCGAUACUUGGAAGAAUCCUUUCUGGGCCAGUGCCAUUUCAGAAUAUGCUUAUUUUAAUUGCUUUAAUAACUGUAUCAUAAGGUGCAUGUGGGUAAUAUUACAGGAUUGAUAGAAAGAACAACACUCAAUUGAUGUAGAUUACUUGCAAGCUUUCAGUUUAUAAUUGUAGACAUUUGCAAGGCUGACUGCAACUUCCAAUAAGCUUUGGGUUUCCUUGUAAGUUUGUAUGCAUGUUCAUCCGUUCAAGUGACCGUUCCAGGUUUUCA